AUGUGGACUGGCGCGAAUCUGGCCUCGAGUGCACGACAACGGCGAGCGGGCCUGGAACUGGGGGCUGCUGGCAUAUGGACGGGCUGGGAGGCUGCUGUGGAGUUGGGGAUGGCACCUAGCGCGAGCGAGCUGCUGGGGACGUGCGUGGCUAGACCAAGGGCUGAGCUCGGGUGGCGCGGCUCGUCUAAGGGCUGGGCAUAUGAACCCAGGCUUGGCUCGGGUGAGGAGAAUGAAAUGAGGAUGAGGGGAAAUGGAAGACAAAUAUAUAUAGUGCCAAAUGUGAAGUUAGGCAGAGGUCCUCGAAUCUCCCGCAGCCAUCCCGACAGCGUUCGACGGAUCGAUGGAGAACUUCACGCCCCCAAACCGACUGACAUUGAUGCUUUGUUGGAGCUUCGUAGCCGGGAGGAUGAUGACCGGCGCAAGAGCCAUGACAAUGUGAGUCGAAGGAGAAACGCGACUGGCCGGCAUGAAGCUUCGACGGAGGCUGACCGGCGCCCGUCUGUGGUAGGACUGGACCAUCGUGCUUGUGAUGGACGGCGGACGCCUCCGGUGGCGACCGGUGGAGCUGAGGCGACCGUUUAUAGUGGAACUAGACCAUCGUGCUUGUGGCGGACGGCAGCCAUCUCUGGCAGCCACUGGUGGAGCUAUGGGUUCGAUUUGUUAAGUUUUCCAAUUUACAGCGAUUUCUUUCUAUUAUUUAUCAAUCACAAGGGUAGAUUUGUGGUUGUCGAUGGGUAUGAGGCGUAUUAUGGUGAUUGCGUUGCCACGGUUACUGGGUUGGAUGCAGAUAGGCUAGGUUAUUUUGACAUUGAAGAUGAAAUGAAGAAGUUGGGAUAUGAAAACUGGGGUAGAAUAUGUUAUAAGCAUCGGACAACACGUGAAUUUAAAGAUAUAACAGAUGAUGCUGGUGUUAUGGACUGUUUGGGUCAAAUGCAAGAAAACAAAAGAUAUAGACCGUGUGGGGUUGCUGUGUGUCAACAAAAAAAUGAAUCUAGGAAUAGGGUAUCUGAAGUUGCUGAGGUGGACCAAGCAAAUGAUACUAGUGAGAAGCUGAUUUGUGCUUACAAGAUGGUUGUGAAGUGA